AUGAGCACCUCGAUUCAGCAAAGGCACUUCCACUGUCCCUCCUUUGCAGUCUUCCGUCACCUUCGCAAGUGCACAUCAUUGCCUUUCAAUCGCGUGGAGCUGAGUGACAUCGAACGUCGACGCUUUCACUUACAAGCCACUAAUCUCUUGAGCAAUGCGCUUUCCAAUUAUGAAGAGUUUGCACUCUUUCGACACCGCCAGGUAGAUCGCCGCCGCUGGAAGCCUAUUAAGAACCAUGGCAACCUCACAGUGUACCGCGAGACACACACUUUCGCUGUCGGCCGCGCGCAAAGUAUUGCUGACGACAAAAUGUUUGUGCGGACCAAAUCCACGACUUAUGUCUCGCCAUUGGGUCCACGCAUCUCUGGUUUAAGUAUCGGUUCCGAUGAGCAUGGAAAAGGCUUCAACUUGACGCCUGCCCAAAAGGCCUCUGAGUUGGAACUUCUCUCUGGAUGGGGCCCUUCGGCCACAAAGGCUAGAGAGCAUAAGAGGAGAGCCAAGAGCAUAUCAUCCAGUGCGAAGGCUAACCCAAAUACACGUUUUACACUCCUUGGAGUCGGCAUAAUUUCCGGUUCGCUCGACGACAUCAUGUAUGAUGGAGAUGUGCUCUCCUCGAUCGAAGGUCCAUCGCAUCGCAGUCCAUUUCGAUUUCUCGGCAUCAAAUGGAUGGUCAAAUCAAUGACUGGGGUCGCGGCUAAGCAUAAACUCGCAUCAACGAGGGACUUGGUAUAUCUCGAAGCGACGGGUGUGACUACACGGGGCGAUGGCGUGAGAAUUGGAUAUCAGAUCGUACAUUCGGUCAAGCUUGGGAGCUGCCCCGAGCUUUAUGACUCACAUGGCAUCAUUCGAGCACACUAUGAAAGCAUUCAUAUUUUUAUAGAGCUCAAUAGGAAGACGGUCGACGUGUUUUCGAGCUCCAGUGUUAUACCUAAUGGCAAACUUUCAGAAUCCGCUAUCUUGCAAAAUUGUGCGAAUUUACUUGUCCAUUGCGAAAAGUCAAUACAAUGUUCACAGAACAAAAAGCUGGCGUGGCGACUGACCCGUAAGCCCGUUCAAAGCGAUAAAAUGGAUAAAGCUCUACGCUGCAGUGUCUGCAACAAGACGUUUGGUCGCUUUCUUCGUCAGAGUAAACGUGUGGAUGCAACAAGCGAUAAGCAGCACGUAACCAAAGUAAUUUCAAGCGGUAUCGUCGAGCUUUGCACCAAUUGUAUUGCCACAAAUAUCGAAAUAAGUGCAUUGACGAUUGCGCGAGAGGAAGUAAUGAGUGGACGAUUUGGCACCAUUCUCGACGGAAACAAGCAUUCAAGUGAUUCAGUCACGACCAUCAGCAUUGAAGAUAUGCCACGUCACCAGGAGCGUCAUCAGCGUCCAUUGCAAAAUUCAAUUGAGACUUCACGAUAUUACGAGGACGAAAUAAAAUAUCGUUUGGACUCAAUUACAAGACAAAGACAUUUUGAGUCUUCGCGAUCACCUUCGUCUCACGAAGUCCUCAUGAAUAAGACUCGUCAUGUAGGUGGACGAGGACAUUCCGCCGAGGUGUGCACAGGAAUACAGCAACGAUUGGUGCCUCCAAGAGGCUCGCGCAGCCGGCACCAACCUGUGCAUGAAGAUUUAAUUGUCAAAAUUGACAAUUUUGAAAGUGGUCAUGGCUUACCAGAGGACUUGCCCUACUUGGAUGACCUUUCUCAAUACACUGUGAGUAAAGAGAGCAUAAGCACAACCCCAAGCUCAUCUGGCGGUAGCUUUGGAAACAUCAAUUUGGCUAUGUCGCUAUCAUCGAUCGACGGUCAAGAAAAUUCAGAGAUGGAAAGUAUUCGGGACACAUUCGACAGCUUCGGGGACCUCGUCAAUAUCCAGGACGACAUGGACGAUGUUGAUGAAAUGCUGGAUACGCGGGAUAUGGAAGCAGUGAAGCGGGCAUCUCAAAUUCGUCACGAGAUAUGGCAGCAAAUUGCCGACCUUCGUGACGCUGCUGAAAAUACAUACCAGCUCACAAAGGAAAGCACAGCAAAGCACAUGAAUCAUGGUGGCUUCAUUAAACCGCUAUUGUAUCCCGAUGCGCUCUAA